GGUGUGGUAUGCAACUCACGUGACCUCGAAAGAUUGACAGGGAAGGACAUGGCGAGGCUCGCGUCACCCUGACCCUGGCAGUUGGGAACAGUACCGUCAUGUAGGUAGACGGCAGCAAACACGUCGACAUCUUCUUGCGACGUAUUCUGUCCUCAUCCUCAUCCUCAUCGCCCUCCUCCUCUUGAUUGCCCAGUGUGCUGCAGCACCCUCGAGAUGCCGCACCGUCAUGGCCUCACGCACCCCGUCGCGCUCCGUCUCGCGCUCCGUGAGCUCCAACAGCAUACCACCGCGCCGAGCUACUCCCGUCGUUGAGCUCUCGCCCGCCGAUAAAGAAAAAGAGGCGCUGAUUCGCGCUGCCUGUCUCGAUGGCGACGUCAGCACCCUGGUCCAGCUGGCUACGAGCAACUCCGGCCUCGUCAGCGACAGUCUGCGUCGCACAGCUUGGCCCCUGUUGCUGGGAUGCUCUGACGGCGACGACGACAACUCGAGGAACGUGCCGUCGUGGAAGGACCUACCCCGGCACAAGGACGAGCAUCAGGUCGGCCUAGACGUCAACCGCGCCUUCGUAUACUACCCGAAGAACGACUCAGAAAAGCAGCUCGACCACCGGAAGGAAGAACUCUCCCAUGUCAUCCUCGCUGUCCUGCGCCGGCACCCAGCGCUGUGCUACUUCCAGGGCUACCACGACAUCGUCCAGGUCUUCCUCCUCGUCCUCGGCCCCCACGAUGCGCCCGCUGCAGUCGCCCGUCUCAGCCUCCUCCGCAUCCGAGACUUCAUGCUCUCGCUGCUCGACCCUGCACUCGCCCAGUUGGAGCUGCUCCGCCCCAUCCUCCGCGCUGCCGACCCCGUGCUGUACGACCAUCUUCCAAAGAGCCAGCCCUCGUUUGCCCUCGCCGGCACCAUAACCCUGUUUGCGCACAACAUACAGGACUACAAGGACAUCACGAGGCUGUUUGACUUCUUCCUAGCACGACAUGCUGUCAUGCCGAUUUACCUGUUCGCCGCUGUUGUGCUGUCCAAGAGGGAGGAGCUGCUUGAGAUUGACAAGGAGGAUGAGGAUAUUUUGUAUGUCAUGCUGGGUAAGCUCCCUCAGCCCUUUGACGUCGAGUUCCACAUCGCCCGGGCCAUCGAGCUAUACGAACGCCUUCCACCUGCGUCCCUCAACAGUUGGGAAUGGUGGAGGAUAUCAUCAUCGAGUGUAUUAAAGGCGUCAGCUACGAGCGCGAGUCUGCGUCGCUUGACGCUGGAGGAUGGAGAGAUGUUCUUUGCUCAGCAAGAGAAGGAGGUUCAACGACAGCAAGCCAUGCGGCGGGCCGCCAAGCAUCUCAAGUAUCUUAGGAUGCGCCUAUGGUACUACCGCCGUUACGGAGCCGUCAGUCUUACAGUAUUGGUGGGCGCUUACGCGUUAUGGCUGGGUCGGAAUGGUGGUCUCGACACCACACGAUAUUCCUUAUUUCUGCCAUUGGGCAACUUCUUUAACAGGAUUAUGGGC